UACUACCCCCUAUACCGCUGAGUAGCAAGAGAAAAUGGCCGCCUUAGUGAAAGAAAAUAGGGAGAGAAAAGAGUGUGAAAAGCAGGCGAAGUAAUAGGCGAUUGCAGAGGAACAGGCGACAAAGAUGAAAGAAAUAGAGGAGGAGAUGGAGAGGAAGAAGAAGGCUGCUGAAGAAGAAGCGGCAGCAGAGGAAGAGAAGGAAAGAAUGAGGAUUGAAAGCGGAGAAGGGACUAGUGGCACGAAGAAGGAUACAGACGCUGAGCUUGAGAAGAAGAUCAGCGAGUGGGUUGCUAACUUAUCGUUGGGUGAAGACGAGGAGGCGCAGAUGUAUGUGCCACAAGAAGAGAAGGAGGCGUUUGCUAGGGCCCUCGAAGUAAUUAAGGACCCCCUUGAACGUCAAGAGGCCAAGGAGGAGAAGAAAUUGGAAUGGAAACUGAGGAUGAAAAGGGAGCAGAAGAGGAGAAGGGAAGAAGCCAACCGGUUGACCGCAGAGGUGGAAAAGGUACGGGCGUGUAGACAGGAAGUCCAGGCGCAUGCAGAUAUGUCUGCCAAAAUGGACAAGAUGUUGGGGGACUUAGAGGUGUUGAGUGAGGCCUGGUUAGAGGAACGACAAACCAAUCAGGGCCAAGACAUCACCCUGAAGGCCAUGCGGUCAGGGUUUAGAGAGUUUGCGCGUGAGAUUGUCACCCACAUUGGGGGCGAAAUCAAGCAACUGAGGGAUAACAUAGGGAAGGAUUGCGAGGGCGCCAUUGAGGGUGCAAAAGCUAUAGCCGCUGUAGAGGGCGAGGCCAGACCUCGCAAGGACCCAGUCAAGCUCAAAUUCCCAGAUGCCUAUGGAGGGAAGAAGGAGGAGAACUUUCAACAACUAUAUUUACCUACAACACAUCCUGACAGAUGAGCAAGUCCUUGUAGCCUUUCAGGCCCUGAAGGAUGAGGCGGCUAGUUUUGCGAGGUCCCUUGCGCGCGCAGCUGGUUGUGA